AUGAUGUCAGUCAUCUUGGUAGGUUUAAUCAUGUUCGCAUGGAUGUCGUUUGGUGAACGAUUCAGGCCUUGCUCGUCAUUCGGGGGUGCGGUGGUGUAUUGCCUAGACUAUCUAUUCGGAAGAUUUGAAUUUGGACCCCUGUACAAAGCUGAUGCUGUCAUGGCCUCGCUGUUUUUCUAUCAGUACUUACUUGUUUGUUACGUCGUCUUUUCAAACACAUUGUUUGCGAUCAUCGACCGGUAUUUUGUGACCAACGAUCCGCCGCACGUCAGCCUGAAGAGGAAAUUGAAACCAUUCUUCGGCCGACUCCUUCGAUUCAUUGAGUGGGACAACGACCACACGAUGGUACAGGACCCGCAGGUUAAAAUGGAAGAGGGCCCUCCAUCUCGGGCUAAGCGAGUUCGCGAUUUCGCACAGCGGAUCGCCCUCAUCAGAGAGACGGGCAACGUCAACGCAGAGGGUCCCAUGCCGUCCAACAAGAAAGCGAAGGGCCUUCCCGAGGUAUGCGACGUCGACGAGCGAAUGCAACAAGUCUUGUCUUGGAGCCGGGACGAAGCAAGAAAGACGGUCAACGCGUGGAGCAUGAUGGCACUCGAAAAGGAGGCUUGCAAGAACGAAGACGUCUUCAUCGAGACCGUCAUGAGGGGCAAGGGUGGCAGUCGUGAGGGAAUCGAGGCCGAAGAGCUCAACGCCAGGAAGGACAUGGAGGACGCUUUCCGCCACAUACGCUACGCCAGGGAGGUGCACGAGACCAUGGCUCAGCGCGAUCAGAGGACUCUGGCGCAGUACAUCACCGCCCUGGAGCAGAGUAUCCAGGAGGAGAUGGUCCAGGAGAGCGCCCUCCGCCACGAGGUGGUCUACCUGCGGGGGGAGGCGGAGAAGAUGGCCAGCGCGCCAGAGGAGACGCUGGACACGGCCAGUGCGGCCGAGGAUGCGCCCUCGCAGCAGCAGCUCGAGGAGGGCCCCGAUGGCGACGUCCAGGACCCUCAGAGGGACGGCGGCGAGAGCGAGGACAGCUACGACAACUGGUGA